AUGGGUGAUACGAAUAAGACACCGACCGAGGAGGAAAUCGACCAAGCAAGCGAUUUGCGUUCACAAGCCUCCGCUGCUUAUGCCGAACAGAAAUUCGAAGAAGCCAUCGAGUUAUACACCAAAGCUAUCGAACUGAAUCCGGGUAAUGCCUUGUUCCAUGCCAAACGCGGUCAGGCAUUCCUCAAACUGAAGAAGCCCAAUGCUUGUAUUCGUGAUUGUGACAAAGCGUUGGAGUUGAAUUGCGAUUCGGCGGCGGCCUACAAGUUUCGCGGACGUGCACAUCGUUUAUUGGGUAAUUGGGAGAAAUCUGCCAAUGAUUUGCGACAAGCAUGUAAGUUAGAUUUCGAUGAGGAGGCCGAUGAAUGGUUGCGUGAGGUGACACCCAAUGCUAAGAAACUCGAACAGCAUCGUAUUAAGCAGGAACGCAAGCGUGCCGAGCGUGCAAGCAAGAAGGCACAGCACAGUGCACGUGCACAUGCCAAGGAACGUAAGCAGCAACAACAACAGCAGCAGCCACCAGAGCCAAAACAACCACAAAGUGAUUUACGCUUCGAUCCGGAAUUUUUCGCCGCACUGCAGGAUAAGGAAUUCCAACAGAUGUUGAUAGACAUUUCAAUGAGUUCCGAUAACAUUGAGAAAUACAAGAACCAUCCGAAGUUUGCUAAAAUCGCCGAGUUUGGCAACAAGAUCGGCUUUGAAAAUGUCGCAAAGAUGUUCGAAGGCUUCAAUAAACCACGAGAAGCUCCUAAACCCGAACCCAAAGCCGAGCCGACUCCAAAGCCACAAGACUUCGAUGACAAUUUAGAUUAG